UUUACUGCCCAUUUAUGUCUCAGUUCGGCGAAUUCAUUUGGAGCCGUUUGCUGUUAGAAUGCGUCCGGGAGCGCGUCCCCCUCCUCGCGAUGCUGUGCGGUCCUCUCCGUGUCUGUGUCUCGUAGUUCUCCUCCACUGUGUUGAGGCUGCUGUAUCUGCCGGCGGUGUUCAUUAUGGAUUAAACGAGCAGGGUUCACCGAAGAGCAUCCUUGAGCAUGUACAGAGUUACGAGAUUACUUAUCCCAUAUGGCUGCAUCCUCACAGACACACGAGGUCUGCCAACCAAGAGCAUCCUGCAGAGACACAGGUUCUGAUCUCAGCUGAGGGCCAGGAGCUCAAUCUACACCUGGAGAAAAAUGAGCAAUUGUUGGCCCCUGGAUACCAGGAAAUAUGGUACACCCCUGAUGGAGCCCGCAAGUCCUCGUCUCCUGCCAGCACUGGGCACUGUUUCUACCAUGGGACGGUUCAGGGCAUUGAAGGUUCCAGCCUUGCUGUUAGCACAUGCUCAGGACUCAGGGGACUGAUUUCUCUGAACGCAAGCGUCAGCUACCUGAUAGAGCCUCUUCCUGUUUUCACGGAUGCUCAGCGGCACGCUGUGUUCAGAGCCGAGAGUCUCCAUCUACCCAGAGGUAGCUGCCUGCAUCACCAUGGCAACAAGGGGCACGAGGAGCGGCUUAAGGACUUCAUCCGUGGAAUGAUGUCACCACGGAGCGCGAGGGAGAAAAGGGACCUGAGUCAGAACAUGAAGUAUGUAGAGCUGCUGAUAGUGGCGGACAAGGCUGAGUUUGAGAAGCACGGGAGUAGUCGCGAGAAGACCACACUGAAACUACUGGAAGCAGCUAACUUGGUUGACAAGUACUACAAGGCUUUGAGCAUCCGUGUGCCAUUAAUCGGUCUGGAGGUGUGGACCAGCCAGGACAUGAUCAGCGUGUCGGAUAACCCACACAGCACUCUUGCAUCAUUUCUGUCCUGGAGACGCAAACAGCUCCGCACUCUCCCCAACGACAACGCUCAGCUCAUCACGGGGAAGUCAUUCCAGGGCACAACUAUUGGGCUGGCACCUCUCAAAGCCAUGUGCUCCGACUACCAGUCUGGUGGAGUGAACACGGACCACUCAGAAUCAGCUGUUGGUGUUGCCGCCACCGUGGUGCACGAGAUGGGUCAUAACUUAGGCAUGAGCCAUGACAGUGUAGGCUGCUGUCAGGCGAGAGCAGAAGAUGGGGGUUGCAUCAUGGCCGCUGCUACUGGGCACCCAUUUCCACGUGUGUUUAAUGGCUGUAACGAGAAGGAUCUGAAUAGCUACCUGAGCUCUGGAGGAGGGAAGUGUCUCUUCAACUUGCCGAACACCAGAGCCAUGUAUGGAGGGCAGCGCUGCGGCAAUGGUUACCUGGAGGACGGAGAAGAAUGUGACUGUGGAGAGGAAGAGGAGUGCACCAGUCCCUGUUGUAAUGCCAACAACUGCACACUGAAAGCCGGAGCUGAGUGCGCCCAUGGCAUCUGCUGUGAUAACUGCAAGUUGAAGAGCCCAGGUGUGCUGUGCCGUGCUCCCUCGGGGCCGUGUGACCUGCCAGAGUACUGCAAUGGGAAAGCCGAGUCUUGUCCUGCUAAUUUCUAUCUGGUGGAUGGUACGUCGUGCGCAGGCGGCCAGGCCUACUGUUACACUGGCAUGUGUCUGACCCUGGAGCAGCAGUGUCUGUCACUGUGGGGACGAGAUGGCCGCCCAGCCCCUGACCUGUGUUUCGAGAAGGUAAACGAAGCUGGGGACAUGUAUGGGAACUGUGGCAAAGAUCUGCUUGGGAAAUACAGGAGCUGUAAGGACAGGGAUGCUAAAUGUGGGAAAAUCCAGUGCUUAACUUCAGCCUCCAAGCCCAUCGAGAACAAUGCCGUUCGCAUAGAGACCACAGUCACUGUCGGACACAAGAGGAUCCAAUGUAUGGGAACACAUGUGUACAAGCCUGGGCAGGAGGACGAGGAGGCGGAGGGUGACACUCUGGACCCAGGCCUGGUCAUGACGGGCACUAAGUGUGGUGAUGAUUCGAUUUGUUUUAAUGGAGAAUGCCGCAAUACAUCUUUUCUCAGAGCUGACGAGUGCAAUGCCAAGUGCAAUGGACACGGGCUGUGUAACAACAACCAUAACUGCCACUGUGACCCAGGCUGGUCUCCUCCUCUGUGUGACCAGAGGGGGUCAGGUGGGAGUGUAGACAGUGGACCUGUCAUCAGCCACAGUAGUCUCCUUCCUGUCCUGCUUGUCCUCCCUCUGGCUGUCUUUCUGGUUUUGGCUGCUGUUGGACUGUGGUGCUGCUACAGGCAUAAACUCCACCCACUGAAAACUUCAGCUCCACCUCCAGUGCCAAAUUGUUCAGUCCCAGUCGAGGGCAAGCCUUUCUAUGCUGACGGUCAUGUGAACGGUCACGCCAACCCAACCUUCUUGCUAAAGAAACAGCAGUCAGACCACCUGGUGAAGUCCUCUCCUCAUCCAAGCCCGUCUUGCUCGACGCGGUCCAGACACGCUAUUGUGCGUCCGGCAGUGAAGCCUCCUCCGAUACCCGCGUACGCUGCCGAGAAAAAAGAGCAGACGCCUCAGCCUCAGAUCCAGCCUGCACCUUCUCCUCAGAGACAAUGCUCUCCUCAGGCUUACGCUCCCCGUCCUUUUAAAUCUGCGCAGCUGACCGAGCAGAGACAAGACCGGGCUCCUCCGCCACCUUCAGGACCUCCACCUUUGCCUUCCCUGGAUCCUAAAAGUUGCUCCCAGCCUUCAGCAGUACCUAAAACCCGGCCAGACCCUCCUAACAGACCUCCACCACCUUGUCCUGUCACGAGACCAUCAGAACAACAUCAAGUGAAAGGCCUGCAGGUUACCACCAAUGCCCUGCAGAGAGGAAAAGCUGCUUUGGCUCCAUCAGCUGGACAAAAAAAGCCAAAUAGAACCUAAUCUAAGAUCUCAGGGAGACGUCGGGGACAACCACUUAUUUCCAGAAAUGAAUUUCCUCAAACUGUCUUUUUAGAAGCUGGCCAAGAAAAUGUGGCACCGUGGGAUAAGAUGAAUACUUGACAUACUUGGUCUGUGGAUUACAGUAUAUUUAUACUGACAGGUUAUAGAAUAUAUCACAACGAGUAUGUUUUAAGUCUAAGAUUUAAGCUUAAUUUGUGUUUUGUAAAUUAGCCCUACGUGUAAGCAGUAUCUACUUGAAAUAGCCAGGGCUGUGAAUUUUAUUAGUUUCUUUUCUUUUCUUUUCUUUUCUUUUCUUUUCUUU